UCGCGUCAUUCAUUGUUUAAAGUUCGUGUGGUGAUGGUACCAUAUGUCAUAUUCUCAAAAACUCCCACAAUUGUGAUGAAAAAAGUUAUAUUGCAAUGUCCUAGUGAAAACGUUUGUGCUAAUGUGGUUUUUUUAUGAAUUAUUUUUGUGUUAAUGACCUUGUUUUGCAAAAACCUGCUCAAGACAUAUCAAGUACGCCAAAGCCAGCCAAAUUAGAAGACUGAUUUUUGCAUACUAAAAAAUUAUGUAGCGAUUUUUUUACGACGCUAUUACCUUUUUUUAAUAGAAUAUACAUUCCAGAAUAUGUUUAUACGUUGACGUAAGCGAGCUAUGCGCCAUAUUGGAUCCGGCAUUUUAUAGCGUUUGUAAACAAAAUGGCGGCAACGGCACCGAUUUCGGAGGGAAAGGAGACAAUUGAUGAGGCAGAAGAAAAACUAUUGGAUAAGAAUAGAGCUGUUAUAGUGGCCAAUGAAGAUGGACAGACUACAAUAAAGUCAUCUAAAAAAGUAAAACUGCCAGAGGAUGAGAGUCCAGCGGUGGGCGCGGGUCGCUUUACCAUUGGACCAGCACCAGAAAGGGACUGGGAGAUGGUCCCACCCGACGGCAAGUGGGGCUGGUUCGUUCUCGUAGGUGCGACAUUAGUGAAUAUAUUAAUACCAGGCACUAUAAAAUCAUUUGGUGUACUACUGGUUGAAUUCAGAGAUGUCUUCCAAGCCAGCGAAUCAGCUUCGUCGGGGAUUGUCGCGCUAUGCUACUUCCUCUACAGCAGUUUAGGUCCAAUAUCAUCUAUUCUGUCUGUAAAAUGGUCUUAUCGGACUGUUACACUUAUCGGUGGAUGUUUCGCAGCAUUUGGCAUGAUUUUUAGCAGUUUGGCAUUUUCUAUCGGAUAUUUAUAUUUUAGUUUCGGUGCAAUGGUGGGUGCGGGCGCUGGGCUCGCGUUUCCUCCAACUGUGUAUAUCGUGACGUCAUAUUUCGUUCGCCUGCGCGGCCUCGCUAAUGGAAUAUGUAUGUCUGGAUCCGCAUUCGGUAGUAUCAUACUACCUCCUUUGUUACGAUAUCUGCUGGAAACUUAUGGAUAUAAAGGAGCUGUGUUAAUAUUAGGCGGUGUUAUGUUAAAUGUUUGGGCAGCAGCGUUAUUAUUUCAACCAGUUGAAGAACAUAUGGUGAGAAAGUAUAAAGAGCCAGAAGAAGAAGAUGAAGUACCACAGCUUGAACCGUUCGCGGAAGAAGAUCCCAUUGAUUUGGAAGCAAGUCAUCCGCGGCUCGUGUUGACGUCAGAAGACAACACACCAACAGACAAAUAUCCAAACAAUUCACCACCAAUCUUCAAACAUAAAUCUAACCUCGCAUUAGAUGAUAGAUCACCAAAUAAACUAGAUUUUGCUAGAUCAGCGAGCGCCGCCCAAGUUAUGAGAUUAUCGGAUGACAGAGCAAGAAAAAUAUCAACUUCUUCUAGACAUGGAUUAUCACAAAUAUCGAGUAAAAUAUCAAAUUACCUUCCAAGCAAUCCAUCUUUAUUAGAAUCAGUACCAGAAGGUAAAUCAAGUCGUACCAAUUCACAUGAUACUUUUGGAAGGAAAUUAACUGUACCAAAAACACCGAAACGUAGCCCUUCAACAUCAAGUUUUCAAUAUAUGUCGACACCUUUCCAUGGUUCAACACUCUCAGCGUUUGAGAAACCGAGUGAAUUUGCUUCCCAGUUCAGUCUGAAGUCCGUAACAGAUAGUUUAGCUCCGAUAACGUACUGUUGCGGUUGUAGAAAGAAAAGUGAUGACAAUAUUAAAAAGGAACCCAGUAAAUAUUUCGAUGUACAACUAUUGAAAGAUCCGAUAUAUCUUGUUAUUUUGAUAUCUAAUUGCACUUGCGCUAUUUCGUAUACAAAUUUUAUAAUCCUUGUACCAUCUUACGCGGUCGAAUGUGGCUUUGAUAAAUCAUUAGGCGCGUAUUUAUUGUCAAUUAUAUCAGCGUUAGAUUUGGUCGGCAGAAUCGGAGGUUCCGCUAUAUCUGAUGUUGUGUCAACGCCUAAACGUUAUUUUUUUAUAACCGGUUUAUUAAUAUCGGGUAUCAGUUUAGCGAUGAUACCGUUGAUGAAGAGUUAUUUAGCUAUAAGCGUUUUUUGUUCGAUAUUCGGUAUCGCUUCCGGUAUAAAUGUGGGUGUUACAGCACUAGUUAUGACAGAAAUGCUUGGUACAGAACGUUUGAUGUCAUCUUAUGGUAUUAGUUUGUUUGUGAAUGGCAUUUUGCAACUUAUUGGGCCUCCUGUAUGUGGUGUAUGGUUUGAAUACACUCAUUCAUACAAAUCUUUAUUCGUUACUUUGGGCCUGAUUCUCUGUAGCGGUGCGGCACUUUGGGGCUUUGUGCCAUUUAUUCAUAGUAGAAGGAAAAAAGCGGGAAGAAUGCAACAGAAUUUAGAAGAAAAAGCCUAAAGUAAGUAUUGGUGAAUCUGAAAUCGUCAAUUUUGCGUCUUGUAAUCUCGAAAUCAUCACUGAAAUGUAAUAAAAUGCCUUUUAAAUGUAAAAAUAUCAAUUUCCUAGAAGAAAAUGAUAGGGUCCAUUGAAAUGUAAGGUUUAAUUUUUUUAUUUUAACUA